GGUAGAAGUUGUACGGCGCAACAAGUCAGGAAAUCCGCGACCGCGUGCAACCACGUCGAGCACCGGCUCGUGAUCGAGAUCACCGUCAACAACUACAACGGCGUGAGAAACAGCAACUUGUUGAAGCAGUACAUGUACCAAAAGUAAAAAUGUCUGGGUCUGGAAACUUGUGAUGCUGGGUGGCGUCUCAUGAUGAGGCUACACACGCUGGCUCAGCAUGACAAGUUUCUGAGCUCCUAGGUGUUGCCUCUUCAUCUGCAUGACAGCCUGCGCUUCUGCAUCACAGAAAAACGGAGCUCUUGGGUAACGUGCAUGACAGAUUCAAGAGUCAUGCCAGACAAGCAUGACAAACAUGAAUUCUUCCAGACCCAGACAUUUUUACAUUUGAUAACAUGACCUGUCCGAUUGCCCGGGAACUCGCGCUCAGCGUGAAGCGCUGGGCUCGGGAGAAAAACUUGGUCCGGAUAUUGUAUUAG